AUGCAUCUUAUCACGGUUGCCAUCUUGUACGCGAGCCUUUUGACACUGUGUGGAGCCGUACCGGCCGACAAAGCUCAACUUGAGCCGCGACAGACCUACAUCAUAACAUGUAUUGGAGGACGCUGCAGUGACAACAUCAGUCGACCAACGUCUGAGCCACCAAAGCCGACGUCGAGCAAACUAAUGAGUUCCUCACAGACUACAAUCAAAACAAGCACAAAGACUGUAGUCCCACCAACCAAGACUACUACCGAGGAGGUCGGCCCGAGUAGCACUAGAUGCCCUGUGCCUCUCUACUACAAGUGUGGAGGUUGGCACGACGGCAAGCCCUGGACAGGCUGCACCCAGUGCGUAAAGGGAGCAAAAUGUGUGGAGCAAAACGAAUGGUACUUCCAGUGCGUUGCGGACACUAGUGCUGAAUGA